UCAGUGGAAUAUAAAAUGUUGAGUUAGUUGGUUCGCUGGGAAUGUCAGUACUGCUUUUGCUUCUCAAAGGUUUUAUUUAAUUUUUUAUUUUUGUUAAUUCAGAUUCAAAAUAUUAUAAUUCAUAACAUUUAAAAACUUAUCACAAAUUGUAAUUUUCUUAUCGUCUAAGUAAAAAAAAGCGCUGGGGAGUACUCCAAGUUGUGUAUCGGUUGUUCUUGUGUAGAAUCUUAAAUUUUGUUCACCUUUCCUCUUUUGCUUUGAGUUGGCUGCAGAAUUCAUGUAAAAGCAUUUUUAUUUCGUGAAAUUAAUUAAAUAACUACCGCUGAAGUUUCUUGUGUAAAACAAAACGAUGUGAUAAGUGAUUAAAAGCAUACACCUGUGAAUAAAUUUGUCUAUGCAGGAUAUUGAAUAUAAUUCUUUUUUAACUUCUUCAUGUAAAGAAGGUAAGAAUAACUAAACACCUAGGCUGUUUGUUUGACGUGUCGCUGUCGCCGCCGCCGGACCGGACGCAUUUUGUCAUUUUGUAUUUGUAUGCGAAAUCGUAUAACAAGAUUGUUUCAAUAUUUUUUUUUUUGAAUAAGGGUGCGGCUUUUAAAGAGUCUUGUUAUAUUUUAUUGUGCAGACUUAAAGGUUUAUUGUUCUAAAGGUGUUUUCGAGGCACUGAGCCCUUCAAAUAAGUUCUCGUGCGGCCAAAAACUUUAACCCACAAAAUGCUUAAAUUUAUACGAGGAAAAGGACAGCAGCCAACUGCAGAGCGUCAACGAUUGCAAAAGGAAUUAUUUGCGUAUAGAAAGACGGCGCAACAUGGAUUUCCACAUAAACCAUCAGCUCUGGCUUUUGAUUCAAAAAGCAAACUUAUGGCUGUUGGCACUCAAAAUGGAGCUAUUAAAGUAUUUGGCCAACCUGGAAUUGAAUUUUACGGUCAUCAUACAAUGCAAUCGAAUUCGGCAGCUGAUUUAAAUGUUCAACUAUUAGAAUGGGUCCAUGGAUCAGGAAAUUUACUUUCUCUAACUGCGUCCAAUCAACUAAUUUUAUGGGAACCUGUUGGAUCAACAUUAGUUGCGAUCAAAUCACUUUCAUUUGAUGGCAAACUAAAAAAAGUUUCAUCCUUAUGUUGUUCUCAUACCAAAAAUAUUGUUUGGAUUGGAACUGAAGGUGGUAAUAUAUAUCAAUUGGAUUUAAAGGAUUUCAGCGUUAAAGAGCCCGCAAUUUACCAUGACGUGGUUUUGGAACAAGUACCACCUAGUUAUAAACUUAAUCCAGGAGCUAUUGAGUGCAUUAAGCAAAUUCCAAAUGCUAGUAACCAAUUGCUUGUAGCGUACAACCGCGGCCUUUGUGUGUUAUGGGAUACAGACACUUCAGCUGUUGUUCGUUCGUUCAUUGCUCCUGGACAUGGUCAAAGUGUUGGCCUACACAUUAAUGCAGAAGGAACUGAGUUUACUUGGUACCAUGCUGAUGGCUCAUUCGCAUCUUGGGAUUUAAAUGAUUCUGAUCCUCCCAUGAAUUUGAAUUAUGUGCCUUAUGGACCGGAUCCUUGCAAAAGUAUAAACCGUCUGUACAAAGGGACUAGAGGGUCCGAUAAAAUUGUUGUGUUUUCUGGGGGUAUGCCUCGGUCUGCAUAUGGUGAUCAUAAUUGUGUUUCCAUACACGUAAAUAAUGAGAAUAAAGUAUGCUUUGAUUUUACCUCCAAAGUUAUAGACUUUUUCGUAACUUACGAAAAUAACUCGGAUGCAGUUGAAGUUCUUGUGGUUCUUUUAGAGGAAGAACUUUGUGCAUAUGAUUUAAAGGAUCCCAAGUUUCCUGUUAUUAAAGCUCCUUAUUUACAUUCUCUACAUGCCUCAGCAGUUACUUGUAAUCAAUUGAUUUCGCAAGUAUCUAAGAAAGUUUUUGAAAAAAUUAACAAAGCUGGACAAGAGCAGGAUGCAGGGUGUAGUGAUUUGGCAUGGCCAGUAACUGGAGGAGUGUGGUCAGAAACCUAUGAUUUGGAAAAUGAAGAAAGUGAAGAAUAUGAAAUAAUGCUAACUGGUCACGAAGAUGGUUCUGUUAAAUUUUGGAAUUGUACUGACAUUGUAAUGACGCCCAUAUAUCAUCUUAAAACUUCAAUUUUAUUUGGCCACGAAAAUCAGGAGAACAUACACGGAGACUCUUCUGAGUCGAUAGAUGAUUCGGAACCACCAUUCCGUAAAGCAGGGCUUUUCGAUCCAUACUCGGAUGAUCCCAGAUUAGCUGUGAAAAAAUUGUCUCUUUGUCCUAAAACGGGAAAGAUCAUAAUUGGUGGAACCGCUGGCCAAAUUAUUAUCGCAAGCUUUGAGGAAAAUUGUUCCGAGAAAUCUUCUUUAAAAGUGUCAACCAUGAAUCUAGUCAGUGACCGGGAUGGAUUUGUUUGGAAAGGACAUGACCAAUUAAAUGUGCGCCCCAAUUUACUAAUUGAAAACGCAGACCCAGUUGGAGAUCCCGGUGUUGAAAUCAGUGGAAUUCUUCAAGUCUUACCACCAGCUAGUAUUACGUGCUUGGCCUUGCAAACAGAUUGGAACUUAGUUUCAGGGGGAACAGCUCAUGGCUUAGUUUUGUUUGAUUUCAAAAAUUUCUUACCAGUAUUUCAUCGAUGUACUUUAAAUCCAAACGAUCUUACUGGAGCAGGAGAACAACUUUCUAGGCGCAAAUCGUUUAAAAAAUCACUUAGGGAAUCAUUUAGGAAACUAAGAAAAGGACGAUCUACACGAAACAAUCCGACGCAACCCGCAACAACUCUGGAUGCCCGUCCCGUAGAAAGACAAGUAGAAGCCCGCUCACCAGACGAUGGAAUGGGUUCUAUGGUUCGUUGUUUAGUAUUUGCAAAGACAUAUAUUACAAAUGUGCACACAACCGCCGCCACACUUUGGUCUGCCACAAAUGCUAGUUGUGUUUCUGUGUUCCUUUUACAUUUGCCACCCCCACAAGAAAACAAUGCAGACCAGUCUUCUUCCCCUCGUCGUGUUUCUGCUCAAUUGGCAAAAGAGAUUCAAAUGAAACAUAGAGCUCCUGUUGUUGGAAUCGUGGUAUUUGAUCAUACUGGUGUACCCCUAGAACUUAAUGGACCAAAAACUCCCCCACAUCGAGUUUUGAUUGCAUCAGAAGAACAGUUUAAAAUUUUUUCUCUACCCCAAUUAAAACCGAUAACAAAAUAUAAACUCACAGCACAUGAAGGAGCUCGUGUGAGAAGACUGGCUUUUGCUUCCUUUACAUGUAGAGUGCCGUUGGAUUAUUUGCAGGGCAGCCCAACUAAGUCUACUAAAUCAGAAAUUGUCACUGAUCGCGAAAAUGUUGAAGAGAAUAAUGGAGAGAUUGGGCCCGAAACUCGGGACUACCAUGAAGUAGGCCUUUUAUGUCUUACGAAUUUAGGCGAUAUUCUUGUUUUAUCCAUACCAGAACUAAAAAGACAGUUGAAUGCUGCUGCUGUUAGACGAGAGGAUAUAAAUGGAAUUUCCUCUUUGUGUUUUACUAAUUUUGGAGAAGCACUGUAUAUGAUGUCUUCUUCUGAACUUCAACGCAUAAGUCUCGCGACAGCAAAAGUGGUAACCCCGAAGGGAAGAAUCAAUGUUGAACACUUGGAUGGUAGAAACGCGGACGAAAAUAGUAUUAACGAACAAGAAACCAUGGAGGCAGAUUCAACGGAAAGUAUAAACAAACCCAUUAACAAAGAACACAUAACCUUGGAUUCAAAUGCAAUGACCAACGGUUUGGAUGGCUCCCCCAACCGCGGAAAUGAAACAAUCUCAAGUUCAAUGGGAGACAUUACCGUUGACUCGGUGCGGGAUCAUCUAAACGCUACCACAACUACUCUUUGUUCUACAACAACCGAAGAAACAGUUGGUCGACUUUCAGUUUUAAGCUCGCAAACGAGUCAAACCAUUACAAACGCUAAUAUGAGAGACAUAACUGAUUUUAAUAUACCAAACUUAAUGGAUUUAGCACCACUAAGCAAUACUACAGAAACAACCACCAGUUCAGUCGUAAUUAAGUCGGUCAUAACCAGCAUUUCACAUGAGAAGACAAACGGCGAAUCCGAUACCAUAACUUCCACUAAAACCACAACUCGAGAAGAGAGUCAGUUCUGAAUUAAAGUAUUUCAUUUAGGUAAUUUAAUAUAUCAUUUUAUGCAUUUGACCAUUUUAUACUUCAUAUCUUGCGUGUAGUAUUUUUUAUAGACAUAUAUUUUUUUAUUAAAUUACCAAUAAGACAAAUAUUCUUUAAACAUGUUAUUUUUAUAUGAAUGUUAACAUAAUCUUACGAACUUCUUUGGCGAAAAAUAUUAAAUUUACUAAAAAAAUCAAAGUAUUUAUUAAAUAAAAAAACGAGAUAGAGUUUUAUCGAAAAAAAUUGUCUACAAAUGUAAGCGAAUCCAAUGAAGGGAUAGUGCAUAUUUAUGUAAUUUCGAAAACGAUUUCAAUGUUCAAAAAAUAUAGAUUUUAAAGUACAACACCGCAUUUUAAUAAAACAAAACGCGAUUAUUUACUAAAAAGUAUUUUAUAAAUUUUAUACAUACGAAAUUGUGGAGAAUAAGCAAUUUCGUCAAUUAGAUUUGAUUUAAAUUAUUCGUUUUAUACUAAAAUACAUACAGUAUUUUUUUGAAAUGGAUAAAUAUAACAAACUAUAUAACUUUUUCCACAUUGUUAAGUAUGUAUAUGUCAUUUAAUACAUAUAUUAUAUUUCAUUUUCCUUUAUUUUUAAACAAAAAUGUUAUACAAACUUGAUACAAAAUAAAAAAUAUUUUUGUAAAUCUA